AUGUGGUCGGCCCGUAUCAACCUCUACUCAAAGCUCCCCUUCCCUCCCCCUUCUCUCCACCUCCCUCCUUCAGACGUGUACGACCGGGUGACACCUCGAUCCGGCAAGCCCACCAUGUGGACGCUCGUUUUCACUCAAGUCGUCUCCGCGCUCUGGCAUGUGAGUCGUCUCCGCGCUCUGGCAUCAAAUUGGUUUGCCGAGUACCACCGCACUCCACCCCCUCAUACCCCUCUGCCUCCCAUCGCCGUGCCCUCAUCUCACUGUCUCCUCUCCAGUGAUUAUCUCCCUUUUGCCGUCGGCUCAUUGAUGGCAUUCCGGCACACGGCAGCAGCGUUCCCGGAGCCGUCAGCAGCAGUGAAGGUCGCCCUGGACGUGCUGCAAGCCGUGUUCAAGAUGCUCAUUGUCAACUACUCCUUCGCUGGCUUCCUGGCAGCAGCAGUGAAGGUCGCCCUGGACGUGCUGCAAGCCGUGUUCAAGAUGCUCAUUGUCAACUACUCCUUCGCUGGCUUCCUGGCAGCAGCAGUGAAGGUCGCCCUGGACGUGCUGCAAGCCGUGUUCAAGAUGCUCAUUGUCAACUACUCCUUCGCUGGCUUCCUGGCAGCAGCAGUGAAGGUCGCCCUGGACGUGCUGCAAGCCGUGUUCAAGAUGCUCAUUGUCAACUACUCCUUCGCUGGCUUCCUGGCAGCAGCAGUGAAGGUCGCCCUGGACGUGCUGCAAGCCGGGUUCAAGAUGCUCAUUGUCAACUACUCCUUCGCUGGCUUCCUGGCAGCAGCAGUGAAGGUCGCCCUGGACGUGCUGCAAGCCGGGUUCAAGAUGCUCAUUGUCAACUACUCCUUCGCUGGCUUCCUGGCAGCAGCAGUGAAGGUCGCCCUGGACGUGCUGCAAGCCGGGUUCAAGAUGCUCAUUGUCAACUACUCCUUCGCUGGCUUCCUGGCAGCAGCAGUGAAGGUCGCCCUGGACGUGCUGCAAGCCGGGUUCAAGAUGCUCAUUGUCAACUACUCCUUCGCUGGCUUCCUGGCAGCAGCAGUGAAGGUCGCCCUGGACGUGCUGCAAGCCGGGUUCAAGAUGCUCAUUGUCAACUACUCCUUCGCUGGCUUCCUGGCAGCAGCAGUGAAGGUCGCCCUGGACGUGCUGCAAGCCGGGUUCAAGAUGCUCAUUGUCAACUACUCCUUCGCUGGCUUCCUGGCAGCAGCAGUGAAGGUCGCCCUGGACGUGCUGCAAGCCGGGUUCAAGAUGCUCAUUGUCAACUACUCCUUCGCUGGCUUCCUGGCAGCAGCAGUGAAGGUCGCCCUGGACGUGCUGCAAGCCGGGUUCAAGAUGCUCAUUGUCAACUACUCCUUCGCUGGCUUCCUGGCAGCAGCAGUGAAGGUCGUGCUGCAAGCCGUGUUCAAGAUGCUCAUUGUCAACUACUCCUUCGCUGGCUUCCUGAUGCUUCAAGCAGGGCAAGCCAUAGUGGUGUGCCUGCCCCCCUCUUCCACCCCCCCUCUCCCAUCCGCUCCUUUCCUGUGCCUGUGCACUCACAAAUUCGCAUCAUCCACACUGCCUUCGCCCCCUCCUCCAGGUGCUGCAAGCGGGGCAGACCAUAGCAGUGUGGCGGUCGCUCUUCUUCAUGGGAACGAUCCCCAGGCUGUUACUCCUCUGUCGUACGUCAUCUUUAGGAGGUUCGUGUCAGUGCCUCCUAAACCGUCGCAUCUGCUCCCACGCGCGCAUCUGAUACGAGGUAGCGCCAUGUUGUCGCGCCAUCUCGGCCGCAAGGCCGCGGAUCUCGGGAUCGCGCGGUCUCCGGCGCUGCUGCGAUCGAUCGCAACCGUUCCCAUCGUCGACCGCCAUGCGAUCGUGUCGUCGCCGCCUCUCACGCCCGUUCCGUCUUCCAUUACCGAAUCGCCCGCAGCGAUCCCCUCCCCUCCCCACUUCAGCUUCUCCCGAGGCUUUGCUGCCGACGCAGCACUGACCACUGCCCCGCCCAUCACCCCAACGGAGCUCGCCCUGAAAACCCCCUCCGCCACCAUCACCUACGACACGACCAUCCACGAGCGCCUGCCGCCCGGGGACCCUUCCAAGCGUGCCUUCACCUACCUCGUCCUCACGGGCGGGCGUUUCAUCUACGCCUCUGCUCUCCGCCUGCUCGUGCUGAAAUUCAUUCUCAGUAUGAGCGCUAGCAAGGAUGUGCUGGCGAUGGCGUCGCUCGAAGUGGACCUUGGGAACAUCGAGCCUGGUAACACGGUUACCGUGAAGUGGCGCGGGAAACCGGUGUUCAUUCGCCGCCGCACGCCUGCUGACGUGGCGAAGGCCAAUGACGUGAACCUUUCGGAGCUCCGGGACCCCGAGCCUGAUUCGGCCCGGGCGCCGAACCCAGAGUGGCUGGUUGUGAUUGGUGUGUGCACGCAUCUGGGGUGUGUGCCGCUGCCGAAUGCCGGGGAUUAUGGCGGAUGGUUCUGCCCAUGCCACGGGUCGCACUAUGACAUCUCAGGACGUAUUCGCAAGGGUCCGGCUCCCACCAACCUGGAAGUGCCGACUUACAAGUUUCUGGAGGAAACCAAGGUGCUGGUUGGCUGA